GCUAGUUGCCCCAGGAAGCGCUGACUAUUACUCCCGAAAGGGAAGGCCUAUGCACAGAGGAAGAAGAAAAACAAAAAAAGAUAAAAAAUGAAGACUUCACAAGGACCGUAAUAGAGUACAGAACUACGGUCAAUUUAAUGCCAAUUUCCAACCACGCAAGAGGAGUUAGCAAUGAGGAGCAAUGUCUGGUGUUUCAACGUGGAACGAUCAGCUGCCUAUGACUUCUAUGUAAGCCAGGAAUUUUGUACUUCCCAGUUUGCAAUCGACUGUAAACCAGUUUACACUUGUAUCUAUUGAAACAAAUGAUGCAUCUCAGGCUAAAUUGGCGUCUCCUUCUUGUUCAGAUUUUUAAAUUCUACCUGCAAAUAUCCAGACAUGACAAAAUAUGUAAUCAAGCAUCAAGGUCUUGGUUGCUACAGAUCUUCAUGUCUCCUCAUCGUGACAUCUUUUCUAAUUAUGUUAAUGAAAUUUACCUUAUAGAAUAG